UAUCAAUUAAUAGACGAAUGCCGUGGCAUUUCGCUGGUGAGUGUCUUCUCAUAGCAACAAACACACAGAGCUACUAACUAAGCUACACAGACACAAAAUCGCUGCCGAGCAACGCCUGGUAGUGGUAUCUCCAAUUUCUCAAUCUUUGUGUUCAUAUCUUAAUUACCAUUUCUCGUUUGCAAAAACUAACAUUGGUUUGCUUCACGAUACUGUUAUGAUAUCACACCACAUGUUUGGGAAAACGCUUAAGAGAUGGUUUUCUUGAGUUGGGGUCGCCCAUCUGCCCAAGACCAAAAGGCUAUCAUCCACAAGUCAGGUACUUUCAACUAUGAUGAUAAAUAUAAGGGAGCCACUGCUAAGUCGUUGGCUUCCCUUAAAGAAGACCAGGCACUCUCCAAAGAUGGAUUUUUACUGAAUAACGCGCGAGUUCUGGUUGGUUCUGGUAUUGACACUUUUGAAAAGGCCAAGACUGCUCUCAAAACUUGGAGGCACUUUGGAUUGAAUUGGGCAUUUGUUGAUCCAAAAACACCAGUUCAACAAGGAACGAAGUUUUGUGCUUGUGUCAAGGAGUUCUUCCCAUGGCUCAUGAUGCCUCUCCAGGUUGUGUAUGUAAAUGAAACUAAAAUUGCCAAAAACCGUGCUGCCACCUUUGGUUUUGGAAGUGGAACACUUGACGGUCACUUGCUGUUUGCAGUAUACUUAGUGAUGGUAUUUUGUAAGAGAAAAGCUUUUCUUAGCAAUUGUACAUGGUGUGGAGAAACUGAAGUAGUUUUAGCAUGUGAAUCAUUCAGGAACUGGAAAUGGUUUGAAUGAGUUUGUCUUACCCUUGAUUAGUACCUUGUAUAUGAACUUUUAGCAAACAAAGCUACUAAAAUUUAAAAAGCUCUGAUCAGUUUAUAUGUGUUAUCUUUUUAUUGCAACAGGCAGGGGAAGAGCGCUUUUCAAUUGAGAUUGAUGAGAACAAUCAAGUUUGGUAUGAAAUACUUUCUUUCUCAAAGCCUGCCCAUAUUUUAUCAUUUGUUGGGUACCCAUAUGUGAUGCUUAGGCAGAAAUACUUUGCUAAUGAAUCUGCCAAGGUUAUGCUGGAACACAUUAAUUCUUCAAAAUCCUAAUGCAAAUGUUUAUGUUAUUUGUAAGUGUGACUUGAAUCUUUAUUCUCUUUUGAUCCCCCAUUUUAAAUAAAUAUUCCUCCAACUUUUCCCUUUUCUAACAUUGUUCUCUAAAAUCUUCCUCCAUUAAACUUUGUCCUUAAGCUGUUUCAUUUGCCUUUGGUGGUGGAUGGGAUGCUGUCUUCCUAGUACCAUUUUACCAUCCACUUAAGGCUCUUUCUCAUCAAACUGUGUUAUAUGCUGUUUUGCUACCUUGUUAUACAUGGAAGUUAGAUUUUUCUCUGACCAUUUUCCAAUCCCGAGUCAAUGGGUGGGUAAGCAAGUUAUAUGAGUGUAGCACAUUAUGAGUUGAAGUGUAAUGAGUCACUGAUUUCUGCUCUGAAUUUAACUUGGCUCGUCAAAUAAAUCACUUUUGUUUCAAAUAAUGUUAACAGCUGAUUGAAUAUAAAAAUAAACAGUAAGACAAUUGGCUAAAAAAGUAAAAGAAAUAUUUGUUAAACAAUUAUUUUUUGAGAAAGGCUAACAACACACUUUCUAAUACAAUCUCAACUUUUGGUUUAAAUUUAUUAAAAAUCAGAUAAUUAUAUAAGUAUCACUUUUAAUUUAAUAAAAACCAGUCAUAAAUUUACAAAUUUCAAUAAAUUUUAAUAAAAAUGAAGAGUGUGUUAAAAAAAUAUAUUAAAGAGUGAAUUACUAGCAAUCUUUUUUUAUUAUUCUCUAGCAAUUUUUAAUCAAAGCAAACCGAGGAAUGUCUAUUGUCAUACUCGUGUGAUUAUUGUUACUCCAAUUAAGAUUUUUUAUUUUUAUGUAAAAUACUUGUACUAUUAAUAUGAUUAUAAGUGAGAGAAAAAGAUAUUUUAGUUAAAAAUUAUUUAAUAAAAGUGUUAAUAAACACCUAGAAUAACAAUAGCCACAAACAGAACACACUGGUUUGCUUCAGGGAAACAAAAAAAACGUGGCAGAUCUACAUCAGAAGCAAUCUGAAAGAUUAAAGAUAUGCAACCUGCAUUUUGAGAAUUACACUUUUUCAUGUGUUUGAAAACAAAUUUUACCCUGUAAACGGUUAUUAUCAUUGUGGAUAAUAAUGCUAUAUUUUAACGAUAAGCUAUAGAAUCAACUGUUACAAUUGCGGAUUGGCACUAGAC